UUUCAAGGAACAAGACCUCAAAAUAUUGAUUUUUCUGUUUGUUUGCCUUGUUAUUUGCACUACUAUGUCAUGUAUGUGAUCUGCCUUCAAUAUGGCUACACCUCCUGCCUUUGCAGAGGAAAUUGACUUUAAAGAAUUGCAGUUCAUUGAGGUUGUUGGCCGUGGAGCUUUUGGUGUGGUCAGUCGUGCAAGAUGGAGAAACAAAGAAGUGGCCGUCAAGCUUAUCGAAACAGAAAACGAAAAGAAAGCAUUCAUCACAGAACUCAAGCAGUUGUCGAGGGUGAACCACCCAAACAUUGUUAGACUGUAUGGAGCAUGUACAACACAGCCUGUGUGUCUUGUCAUGGAGUAUGCAGAGGGUGGAUCCCUGUAUAACGUCCUCCAUGGGACUGGUCCACAACCUGAGUAUACUUCAGGACAUGCCAUGAGCUGGUGCUUACAGUGUGCAAGGGGUGUCGACUACCUCCAUAGCAUGAAGCCUAAAGCACUGAUACACAGGGACCUCAAACCACCAAAUUUGUUGCUCAUAAUGGGUGGGACCGUGCUAAAGAUCUGUGAUUUUGGUACAGCAUGUGAUAUCCAGACACACAUGACUAAUAAUAAAGGCAGUGCUGCUUGGAUGGCACCUGAAGUGUUCGAGGGAUGCAACUACAGUGAGAAGUGUGAUGUGUUCAGCUUUGGGAUCAUCCUCUGGGAGGUGAUAACGAGGAGGAAGCCAUUUAAUGAGAUUGGUGGACCUGCCUUUAGGAUCAUGUGGGCUGUGCAUAAUGGUACAAGACCUCCACCAAUACAAGGCAUUCCAAAACCUAUUGAACUUCUAAUGACGCGGUGCUGGUCAUCAAAUUCUGUUGAGAGACCCUCCAUGUCAGAGGUGCUGCGAAUUAUGUCACAUCUCUUUCAGUUUUUCAAAGGUGGUGAUCAGCCAUUGGUGUACCCACCAAGUCCCAAAGUGGAUGAAGAAACAGUUGAUGGCAACAGAGCAGCUGGCAAUGUGACACUGGAUACUGGCAACGCAACAGCCUCGUACAGAUCUAUCGCAUUUGCUGAUCAAAAUGCACGUACAAUCAAUCUAAACAUGUUGACUAACAAAGGCAGUCCGUCUCCAAGGAAAGGAGCUGUGGGUGAGGGAGAUAUCGUGCCUAUGAUCCAACCAACAACACCCACACAACAGCCAGUCGUAGUAGUAGAGGAAAAAACUACAAAUAGAACAAGUGCACCUGCAUCUUUGGCAGCAAGUCGUGAAAGUUUGGAGUCAAGAUCGAGGUCAAGCACGCCCUCUGUGGAACAAUUCAAGAGGUACUCCGCUGACUUGAGUAAACUAGAUGAAGUGGAUAUCAUCCGCCAGGGCGGGGCUUUACAGGCUGCGUCGCACUCGCCUGUCAAAAAACUCACCCACAGGCGGACAGCAUCCGGCACUGUCCUCCCUCAUGUGCUAAUAGACAUGACAGGAAUUGAAGAAAUCUCUUACAAACCUGUUAUCAAACAUCACAGUCCUCCUCCUGUUUCUCCUACGAGAAAAUUUGGCCACAGGAGGACAGGGUCACACAACACUGUCCUUCUACCUUCUCAUGAAGAAAAAAAUAUCUUGAAAGCAGCCCAACGAGGUCACCACCGAGGCGGCUCCCACGAUACUGCAUCCAUCAUCCUCUCAAACACUGACACCAACUCCAGCAGUGGCGUCUCUAGCCAGGGGGUGACACCGACAAGCCCCAGCCACCCUAAUCCACCUAGUACCAUGACCCAUGCUGCUACUGUGCCUCAGCAUCUCAGCAGAGAGUCGUCACCAGCGCGGGGCGGUACCCCUCAUCGUAGUAUUUCAUGGCAGCCUCCGAGUCAACAUCCGAAGGUAUCUCCAUCUGGACAUAGUUAUGAUGUGUCUCAGACUCAGCCUGGUGGGCGAGGGAGUGAUCAAGGCAUGACCAUGAACAGCAUGGGCCUACCCAACAUGAUGGACAGUUCUAUGACGCCCCUGACCCCGAAUCCCAACAACCCAGAGUCUAUGAGCAUAUAUCGCGAUCAUUGUCAGGUGGCUGAGGAGAUCUUACGUGUAAAGGCCGAGAUAGAAUUACUCUCACUCAGAAAGGAUGAGUUGAAGAAUGAACUGACCAUGAAUCACGAGUUCAGCCAGGACAGGAUGAACCAUGAUUACAGCCAGCUGGCUAUUGAAAAUGAGAGUCUGGCGUUGCUUUUCAAUAACUUGAAGAAGCAAGUCGAGCAGCAUCGCCAACAGGCCACCAAGGGCAAGACUUAUGGUGGAAAAUGACGACAGCGUCGGACUCUGAUGCCAAUGCGCUUAAAGAUGCCGCAGAGUCCAGGUUUACCUUGUAAUCCCACGCAGAGUCCGACUAUGACCAACAGCCCCCCAACUUAUCAAGUCAGCGCACCAAAUCCUACAUUCAUAACAGGUCCACCGGUUUUCUCUCAGACAUGUACCAAUGGUCCAGAUUUCUCCCAGGUGAACUCAUCAGUGCCAUUUAAUCCACUGACAACUGGUCCGACUAACUUUUCAUAUCUCCAAAGCCCACCU